CUCCGAUAACACGCCGGCUGGUCAGAGUCAGGGAAAUUUUUAUCUCGGGACGCCACUGAUUCUCAUAAAUCAAACAUCAAAACAAAAUCCAUCAACCAUCAACAACUACGCCUCUUUUUUAAAAAAAACUACAAUGAGUCUCCAACAACAACAAAAACCAAUGGCCACCGCUGCCGCUGCCCCUCCAAGUCUUUUGACUCAAGUUGGUAUGGCUGGAACUGCAGCUGUCAUCACUGUCUCGUUCAUCCACCCAAUCGAUGUUGUCAAGACUCGCAUUCAAAUCUCUUCGGAAUAUGGAAAGCUUGGAAUGGGAGGAACCAUCAGCAAGAUCACCAGUAACGAAGGCGUUAUGGCUCUGUGGAAGGGAGUCAACGCUGCAUGGCUUCGUGAGGCUUCUUACACCUCUCUUCGGCUGGGUCUCUACGAACCUGUCAAGGUUCUCGUCGGUGCCAAUGACCCUGAAACCACAACCUUCCUCAAGAAAUUCGCUGCUGGUAGUGCUGCCGGAGCCAUUGGAUCCUUGGCCGGUAACCCCUUUGAUGUCUUGAAGACCAAGAUGAUGGCUUCUGCUGGAAAAGAGGUCCCAUCCAUUGGAAGGACUGCCAAGGAGCUCUUUGCCGCUCAGGGGAUUCAAGGAUUCUACCGUGGUAUUGACUCCAACAUUGCUCGUGCUAUGGUCUUGAACGGAACCAAGAUGGCAUGUUACGAUCAAGCCAAGGGAUACGUUGUCGCCACCACUGGCUUGUCCAAACAAUCUAUUGUCACACAAUUCCUUUCCGCUGUCGCUGCUGGUUUCUUCAUGACAUGCACCGUGUCUCCCUUUGACAUGGUCCGAACCCGUCUGAUGAACCAACCGUCCGAUGCCAAGAUCUACAACAAUGCCGUUGACUGUAUGAUCAAGAUUGCCAAAAACGAAGGUCCCGCGACCUUCUGGCGUGGAUUCUUCCCCAUCUGGUCUCGAUUCGCCCCCACAACAACAAUCCAGCUUGUCAUCUUUGAGCAGCUUCGUGGUAUGAUGGGAAUGAAGUCCAUCUAAGAAAGGAUGCUACCAUCUCUCGCUAUUGACUUGUAAAUGUUUGUUUGGAACGUCGCUGGAGGCAAUAGCGAUCUCAAUCAAGUGAGGAGGCCACAGGACGCGGAUUAUCCAAGUUGCUUGCUCCAGCGACAAGUGCACCCGAUACAAAGCAAAUGAAGAGAUUUUUUCAUAUCAUCACCCUCAUCAUACGGAACCAAAAUAAUUGUUAAUAACCACACUUUUUUGCACAG